AUGACUCUGCCGUCGCCGCUCAUCUUCAUCCCCAAGAAGGCCACGCAGGAUGUCGACUUUGCCCCGACAUUGCGCACCGUCAUCCACAAGUCCUACUCCGAGUCGCCUGACGCCUACACCGACGAGAUCGCCGCCCUGAAUCGCGCUCGCCAGGACGCACUUCGCGGCUCGGCGGGCUCGGACGCCACGGCCCGCGACCUGCUGUACAAGUACUUUGGCCAGCUCGAGCUCCUCGAGCUGCGCUUCCCCGACCUGCGCGUCCCGUUCCCAUGGAGCGACGCCUUUACGCACGUCAAGAUCUCGCAGCAGUCGCUCGCGUACGAGAAGGCGUCCGUCAUCUUCACCAUCGGCGCGACGCUCGCCUCGCUCGCCGCAUCGUCGCCCCGCUCGGCGCCCGAGGGCCUCAAGCGCGCCUUCCACGCCUUCCGCGCCGCCGCCGGCAUGUUCGUCUACAUUAACGACAACUUCUUGCAUGCCCCGUCGACCGACCUGAGCAAGGACGUCGUCAAGCUCCUCGUCGGCCUCAUGACGGCCCAGGCGACCGAGGUCUUCAUCGAGACGAUGGGCCCGGCCACGGCCAAGGGCGCCGGCCUGCGCAGCAAACUGUGCAUGCAGGUGUCGGCCGCGUACGCCGGGCUCGUCGAGGAGGUCAAGGAGUGGGUCGGCAAGGGCGUCUUCCUUCGCGAGUGGAGCCUCCUCAUCCAGGCCAAGGCCAAGUACUUUGCGUCGCUCGCCCAGUACCACCGCUCGGUCGCCGACAACGCGGCGGGCAAGUACGGCGAGGCGCUCGCGCGGCUCCAGGUGUCCGAGGCGGCCGCCAAGGAGGCGCACCGCCUGUCGCAGACGUUCACGACCUCGUUCUCGACGACAUCGACCGCGACCUCGCUCGCGCCCGACGCGCCCGUCGCCCUCGCCGAGCUCACCAAGGCGCACCUCGCCCUCGUCACCGAGGCGGCCGCCAAGGCGCAAAAGGACAACGACAUCGUGUACAACGAGGUCGUCCCGUCCGAGGCGUCGCUCUCCGCCAUCGACAAGGGCAAGGCCGUCGCCGAGCCGAUCCCGAUCCACGACGUGUACGCGACGGCCGACGUGCAGAAGAUUGUCGGGCCCGACCUCUUUGCGCGCCUCGUCCCGCUGUCGGUCCACGAGUCGGCGUCGCUCUACUCGGAGGAAAUGGCCAAGCUCGUGCGCGCCGAGGCCGAGCGCGCAGAGCUCGCCGACGAGGAACUCGCGUCGGCCCUCGAGUACAUGGGCCUGCCCGCCUCGCUCGCCCGGUUCCAGUCGGGCGCCGCAGCCCAGUCGUCGCUCGCCGACCCGGGCCCGCAGGUCCGCGGCUGGGCCGACGAGGUCCGCGCCGGCGAGGCCUCGUCGUCGUCGACCCGCGCCGACGAGUCGUUCCGGCGCCUCGCCGCCCAGCGCGACAGCGCGUCGCGCACGCUCGACAGCGUCGCCUCGGCGCUCGACGCCGAGUCGCGCGAGUGCGAGGCGCUCCGAGCGCGGUACGGCCAUCUGUGGACCCAGUCCCCGUCGUCGAGCGCCACGCGCGGCUUCCGGGCCGACCUGCGCGCGCACCGCGAGAGCCUCGACGCGGCGGGCAGGUCGGACCAACAGGCGCGCGCGCUGUGGGACCAGGUGCGGCGCGACGUGGGCGUGCUCGCCGACCCGAGCGGCGACGCGCUCGAGCGGGCGUACGCCGAGGCGAUUGGCGGGGCGGGCGCAGAGAAGGACCUGCUCGACGAUGACGGCACCGAGGAGGAGGAGGAGACCAAGCGCAGGGUCGCAGAGGUGAGCGACGCGCUGAGUCGGCUCAACAAGAUCAAGCGCGAGCGCGGCGAGGUCUUGCGCGACCUCAAGGACAAGGUCCAAGCCGACGACAUCUCGCACAUCCUCAUCCUGAACCGCAAGGGCGCCGCCGACGUCCAGCCCGCCCUGUUCGCGACCGAACUCGAGAAGUUCCGCCCGCACCAGCAGCGCCUUACGCAGACGCUCCAGGCGCAGCAGUCGACGCUCGCCGAUGUCAACUCGGCGUUCAAGGCCCUGAGCGAGGGCACCAAGGCGCGCCAGGUCCAGGGCCAGUGGGCCGCCGCCGAGCGCAAGAAGAAGGACCUCUCGAGCCGGUUCGGCCACGCGGCCCAGGUGUACGCCGACGUGCGCCAGGCGCUCGACAAGGGCUCGCAGUUCUACGGCGACCUGCUCGAGCUCGUCGAGGGCCUCCAGUCGCAGGCGAGCUCGUGGCUCGCCGGGCGCACGUCUGAGCGGGACCGACUCGCGAGCGAGGCCGACCUCAAGCAGCGGCUCGAGGGCGGCGGCGGCGGGUCGUCGUCGUCGGCAGCGUCGCCGGGUGGGCUCGACCGCGCCAUGGGCGCACUCUCGCUCGGCGGCGCUCGCUCGCCGCCGCCCAACUUGUCGUACCCGUCGCCCUCGCCUCAGCCGUCGUACCCAAACCCGUCGUCGCACGCGCAGUACCACCAGCCGUCGCCACCGCCGCCGCCGUCCAACCCGUACGGCGCCCUGCCGUCGUCGGGCGCCUUCUCCACCGGCAGCACGUCGCCGUACCAGAACCGCGCACCGUCCUACCCCUCGCCGGCGCCGCCCGUUCCUCCACCUGCGCCAUACGGCGCCUCGUCGUCCUACUCGACCGCGCCGGCCCACUCGCCGUACGGCCAGCCGCAGCAGCAGCGCCAGCCGUCCGUCCCUCCCCCUCCUCCCACACCCUCGACACCCUCGUACCUCCCGCCGCCGCUCAAGCCCGUCUCGUACGCCUCGUCGCCCGCCCACCAGCCGUACGGCCAGCCGCCGAGCAACCCGUACGCCUCGCUGCCGCCACCACCGCCUCAGCACCAGCAGUACUCGUACGGGCAGCAGCAGCCGCCGCCGCCGCCGCAGCAGCACGGCCAGCCGGCAUAUGGAGGACCGCCGGCACCGCCGCAGCCGCCGAGGGCGCCGCCGAGGCCGUACUAG